GCCGCUUGUUCCUCAAUAUGGGGACGAUACAUUUGUUUCGCAAAUCACAAAGAUCUCUCCUUGGCAAGUUAACACAGGAAUUUAGAUUAGUAGCGGCUGAUCAAAGGACCUGGAAAAUCUUGCUCUUUGGUGCAAUAAAUGUAGUAUGUACUGGCUUCCUGCUUAUGUGGUGCAGUUCUACAAACAGCAUAGCUUUAACUGCAUACACCUACCUGACCAUCUUUGAUCUUUUCAGCUUAAUAACAUGCUUAAUAAGUUAUUGGGUAAUGAUGAAGAAGCCCAGUCCAGCUUAUUCAUUUGGGUUUGAGAGAUUUGAAGUGCUAGCAGUAUUUGCUUCCACAGUUCUGGCACAACUUGGAGCUCUUUUUAUACUAAAAGAAAGUGCCGAACGAUUUGUGGAGCAACCAGAGAUUCACACGGGUCGAUUGUUGGUUGGUACCUUUGUGGCGCUCUCUUUCAACCUGUUUACAAUGCUUUCCAUUAGGAAUAAGCCCUUUGUUUAUGUCUCUGAAGCUGCAAGUACAAGCUGGCUUCAGGAACAUGUUGCAGAUCUGAGUAGGAGUUUAUGUGGCAUCAUUCCUGGAUUGAGCAGCAUCUUCCUUCCACGAAUGAAUCCCUUCAUCUUAAUUGACCUUGCGGGGGCUUUAGCGCUUUGUAUUACAUAUAUGCUAAUUGAAAUUAAUAAUUAUUUUGCUGUUGACACUGCAUCUGCAGUAGCCAUUGCCUUGAUGACAUUUGGCACUAUGUAUCCUAUGAGUGUGUACAGUGGAAAAGUAUUACUUCAGACAACACCACCUCAUGUGAUCGGACAGCUAGAUAAACUUUUAAGAGAGGUUUCCACUUUAGAUGGCGUCUUAGAGGUUCGAAAUGAGCAUUUCUGGACAUUGGGCUUUGGUUCUCUGGCUGGAUCAGUACAUGUGAGAAUUCGAAGAGACGCCAAUGAACAGAUGGUACUUGCUCAUGUGACCAAUCGGUUAUACACUCUGGUGUCCACUUUAACUGUUCAGAUUUUCAAAGAUGACUGGAUCAGGCCUACCUUGGCCUCUGGACCUAUUGCCAACAACAUGCUGAACCUUUCAGACCAUCACAUCAUUCCAAUGCCUCCUUUAAAAACUGCAGAAAACUCCGAUCCUGCUACAUCUACUCCUGCCAAACCAAGCAGCCCACCUCCAGAAUUUUCUUUUAACACACCGGGCAAAAAUAUGAACCCUGUCAUUCUCCUGAAUGCUCAAACCCGACCUUAUGGUCUAGGCUUCAACCGUGGAACUGUACCUUACAGCAGUGCUUUCACUCAAGGAUUUGGAAUGCCGGGAAUAGGAACAACCCAGGGAUUCAGGACUGGCUUUAUAAAUGCCCCUCACAGAUAUGGAACUGGCACUCGAGAUCAGACCAGACCCUAAUGAACUUUCCCCAUAUUUAUUGUUUGAUUUCCCCCCACUUAU